AUGAAUUACUCUCUGAUAAGACUAAUGGUUAUAAAGGCACUGAUUGUGGAACAUUGUCGCAUUAAAAAAAUAUAAUCUUAUGAUAAAGACAUUCACUUUACAGAUCUAAAGUUUUUGUAAACUGCAAAAAAUGCCACCACGUCUUUUUGUUCUUUUAACGUUUAUAUUUCUAGUUCACCAAAACCUAGCCAUUUUGAAACAGCCUCAUUUGCAGCGACCUUUUGUCACACCACAAUCAUUUUGUCGAAACUGUGAUUCAAAACUGCAAGCCUUACAGUUUCAUCAACUUGUGUUAUCCACUUUGCAGAAGGACGUAGUUAGCAAAAAGUUGGUUGAGUUGGAUGAGUUGUUGAGCCGAUGUGGCUCAAAGGAAGUGGACAUUCGUGAAAUUACGAUAACCGAAGCUCAAAAGUUGUUUCGAUCUGGAUCCCUGACGUCCUCUCAACUUACUCAAUGUUACUUGAAACGGAUUGAAAUGAUGGAUCCCCAUCUUAAGUCUGUGAUUGAAGUAAAUCCAGACGCUGUCCAAAUAGCAGAACAAGCCGACAAGGAUCGCUUCCUAGGAAAGCCCAUCAGUCUCAGCCCAAUUCACGGCAUUCCAAUUCUUAUCAAGGACAAUAUGGGAACUUUUGAUAGGAUGGAAACUACUGCAGGGGCCGUGGCAAUGGAACGCUUAAGGCCAAAAUCGGAUGCGGACGUUGUCAAGAAAUUGAGAGCUGCUGGGGCUGUGAUUUUGGGCAAGACGAACCCAUCGGAAUGGGCAUACUUUCGAUCCGACGACAUUCCGAGCGGGUGGAGUGGCAGAGGCGGACAAACGCUAAGCCCUUACAAUCUGACGUCAAAUCCUUCUGGUAGCAGCACUGGCUCGGCUGUGGCGAUAUCAUCAAAUUUAGGACUUGUCGCCCUUGGAACAGAAACAGAUGGGUCAAUCAUUGCUCCUUGUUCGAAAGGAGCACUUGUUGGCCUCAAGCCUACGAUUGGGACAGUGUCGACAAGGGGAGUGAUUCCAUUGGCAUUUUCACAAGAUGUGGUGGGUCCAAUGACAAGAUCUGUUUCGGAUGCUGUAAUUUUGAUGAAAGCGAUAAUGAAUUUAGAUUUUCAGCCAGAUGUGCAUCCUAACAUUAUUAAAGGUGUCGACAGAAGGAAGUUUAACGUUGGUGUUGUACGAAACUUUUGGGAUAAGAAAGACGAGACGAUAGCACCAAUGAUCCCACAACUUGAAUCCAGCUUAGCAAAGUUGAGCGAAUCUGGGAUGUUAUCAAUUGUGGAUAACAUUCAAGCUAAUCCAAAAAUUUUGGCUGAUAUCACUGCCGACAAUGAAAUGAUCGUUCUCCGACACGAAUUCAAAUACUCUUUGAACAAAUAUAUUCGACGAGAUGUGGUACAUUUGGAAAAUGAACUACAAAGAAAGAUAAGUUCACUGGCAGACAUUAUCAAAUUUAACAUUGAGCACCCCACUCCGGAAGGAUACAACCAAACCCACUUGAUUGGAGCUGAGGCCACGGAUGGACUUCAGAACACGACUUACCAAAAUGCACGAGAUACAAAUAGAAAGCUGUCUCGAAAGCUGCUGAGCGAAGUAAUGGACAUGAACCGAGUGGACGCCAUCGCUGCCCCCUGCGCUUCCAAGGACUCACGAGAGCUCUACAGCAUCGGAGCUGCUGCUGGAUAUCCAUCCAUUACGGUUCCAGUUGGUGUCGAUGAAUCCCAUAUGCCAUUCGGGAUUUGCUUCUUGGGAAGACAAAAUUCAGACUUUUUACUUUUGGAAAUUGCCCGUGUAAUGGAAGCGGUAUUGUCAGGAACAAAUGAGGGUCGUGUCACACCCCAAUUUAAGUGGUGAUUAUGUGUGAAAUGACAAUAUUUGUUUCUUUUUUUAUUUUGAUCAAAUAUUUUGCUAUAUAAUUUACUUACAAAUAGUUUGGACUUUAUCGUUAGAAAUAUUAGUACUAAUUAAAAUUAAUUAAAUAAUCUGAACAAA